AUCUUCGGUACCCUCUACCCCGCGUACUCCUCGUACAAGGCCGUGAAGACGAAGAACGUGAAGGAAUAUGUGAAGUGGAUGAUGUACUGGAUUGUGUUUGCCUUUUUCACCACUGCAGAAACACUCACAGACAUUGUUCUUUCUUGGUUUCCCUUUUAUUUCGAGCUGAAAAUCGCAUUUGUGAUUUGGCUGCUCUCCCCUUACACCAAGGGCUCCAGUGUCCUCUACAGGAAGUUUGUGCACCCAACGCUCUCCAAUAAGGAGAAGGAAAUUGAUGAAUACAUUACUCAGGCUUGUGACAAGAGCUAUGAAACGAUGAUGCGAGUUGGCAAGAGAGGGUUAAACCUUGCUGCCAAUGCAGCAGUUACUGCAGCUGCAAAGGGCCAGGGAGUUUUAUCUGAGAAGCUUCGAAGUUUCAGCAUGCAGGAUCUGACUUUGAUCCGAGAUGAAGAUACUGUGCAUAUGCGAAGCCGUGAGCCGCAGCUGCACCCCUCUGGUGGGAGUCUUCUGGAAACCGUUGAAGACUCAGCUUCCUGUUACUCCUCAGGAGAGGAGAGCAGUGUGGCACAUAGGUCUAAUGGAGCCCCGUCAGAUACUAGAACAGACCCAUCAGAUGAAGACGCAGGAGACAAACUUCCUAAACGUACACAGAGUCUCAAAACUCCUAAAAAGGUGGUGAAAGCUGAGCUUCCAGUAAGAAGUGUAAAAGCCCGCCCUAAGAAGAAAGCUGCUGGCUCUCUUGCUUCUGGCGACUCAUCCUAAGGCGACCACUCCCUCCCCAGCACCUGCCUCUGUCCCGGGAUUUGCCUUUCGCUUUUGAGGGGAAACUCUCCAUAGGAAGGGAGCUGAAAUUAUUGUACAUAACAGAUACUGCUUUGUAGAGCUCAUUCCAAGGCAAGGGGGAGGCUGGGAUUUAGAAAAUGGAGCAGAGGACACACAUCCUCGGGAAUUUUCUCCUUUUCAUCUCUCUGUUGGAGGGAAUGCUGAUAUGUCUGUACAUAGCCUGUUGCUUUGGGAUUCCCACUGUAUAACCCUAGUUGAGAAUCUUUGCUGGAAGAACUGACUAGGGUUAGAGACAUCCAUUGUACAGAAGCUGG